AAACCAUGAGCAAGUUUACCCAAAAGUCUUGAACCUCUCUACAAGACUGUUCGUUUCAUUUGUUACCUUUCCAAUGAACUGACCAUCACUUGUUCGAACAUUUUUGUGCAAUCAGAUCCCAAAGUGCUGAUCCCUGAAAGCUGAAUUUAUACAUGUACAGUGGAAGAAUGACAGAAGCAUGGCAACAGCAACAUGCAGUGGCCCCUCCUCCCGUUGGGCACCCCCUUCUACAAGGGGCAGAGAAUGCCUUGGGCAGUGCUGCAUAUGGCAUUGUCCUACAGGCAGACCCUGCUUUACAGCAGUCACAGCACAGCCAGCAUGGACAGCAGCACCCGUUGCCAGCUCAGCAGCCUCAGCUGCAGGUGGGAGGUGAAGGUGGCCACAAAUGCGGUGCGUGUGGCCAUGAUAUUUCGCACUUGGCCAAUCCCCAUGAGCACCAGUGCAUGGUUAACCAGGACCGUUCUUUCCAGUGCACUCAGUGCAUGAAGAUCUUCAACCAAGCAACGGAUCUUCUAGAGCAUCAGUGUGUCCAGGUUGAGCAGAAGCCAUUUGUGUGUGGUGUGUGCAAAAUGGGAUUCUCCCUUCUCACGUCUUUGGCACAACAUCAUAAUGAGCACACCAAUGGAAACAGUCCAAUGAAGUGCUCUAUUUGUGAAAAAACAUACCGCCCAGACUCCUCCUCUUCUAACCCUCAGCAACCCUCUACUGCUGAGACAUCCAGUGAUGGGGCAGCCAUGGGUUCCUCUUCCUCUACAGCUUUCCAGGGCUCUGACCGUCCAUAUAAGUGCUCCGUGUGCAAUAAGGCAUUUCGUCACCUUUCGGAACUCUCACGGCAUGAAAGAGUGCACACGGGCGAGAAGCCCUACAAGUGCGACACUUGUGAGAAGACCUUUAGUCAAGCUUCUCAUCUGGCGCACCACCAGCGCACUCACAGUGCAGAUCGCCCGUAUAAAUGUGCCGUUUGCGAGAAGACCUUCAAGCACAGGCAGCACCUGGUACGGCACAUGUACGCUCACUCUGGCGAGCACCUUUUCAAGUGCAACCUGUGUGAGCUUCAUUUCAAGGAGUCGUCCGAACUGCUACACCACCAGUGCCAGCCAGCUGGAGAGCGUCCCUUCCGCUGCGCAGCAUGUGGGAAAAGCUUCAAACGGCCCUCGGACCUGAGGCAGCAUGAGCGCACCCACUCUGAAGAGCGGCCUUUCCAAUGUGAGGAGUGUCAGAUGAGCUUCAAGCAGCAGUACGCACUUGUUCGCCACCGCCGUACACACAAAAACCCAGCAGAUCGCCCUUUCAAGUGCAAUCAGUGUGACAAAGGUUUCCUGCAACCUUCCCACCUGCUGUACCACCAGCAUGUCCAUGGCAUCGAGAGUCUGUUCAAAUGUGCCGCUUGCCAAAAGGGCUUCAGACAAUCCGGGGAACUACUAAGGCACAAGUGUACAGAAUCGAACUCUGGAUCGAACGCUGUGGAGAAGCCGUACAAGUGCGACGUGUGUGGGAAGGGCUACAAAAAGUCGUCAACAUUACAGAGGCACCAGAACUCCCAUUGCACCGAAAAACCACUGAAGUGCUCGCUCUGCGGCCGCCGCUUCCAGUCCUCGUCUGAUUUUGUGCAGCACCGUUGCGACCCUGCUCGGGAGAAGCCGAUGAAAUGCGCAGACUGCGAGAGGCGCUUUAAGUAUUCAUCCGAGUUGCAGAGACAUCGAAGAGUCCAUACAGGAGAGAAACCCUUCAAGUGUCCCACCUGUGACAAGGGAUUCAAACAGCGCGAACACUUGGCUAAACAUGGCAUUGUCCACUCCCGUGAAGCCCAGUUCAAGUGUGUCUGGUGUGGAGAGUGUUUUGGAGAGCUUGGGGCCCUUCAAGAACAUACAGUUCAACACACUGCAGAAGGAGGGGGCUAUCCUGCGUCCUCAUGCAUAGAGUAGUUACUGUCUGCUCUUGCUCCUUACCGAGUGAAAAUACACUCUGCUCGCAUUAGCAACACUGCAAUUUACUUGCAUAUAUUUAGUGAAAUUGUAAAUUUUAUAUAUCCCACAAGCAUUGCAGUACUUGUUGGACUGGUAAGGAACUACAUAAAGUGUCAGCUUGUAAAAGUCUUGAUGUACCUCUGGGUAGAUAUUGGCAACAUUGCGUUUACUCCACAGACAGAAACUUGCCUCAGUUCUGUACCAGCCACACAGACGAACAUAACCACACGCAUAAAUGGUUGCUACUCAAAAAUAAGCUUGUAAAAAUGAACAAUUUUGUCUCAUGUGCAACUCCUUCUGCUUAAGACUGGUGUUUC